AGCAGGGGUCUGCUCUCCGGGUUUUCUCGGAGUGCCGCGGCGGAAUCGCUUGUGUCUUCAGCGGGAUGGGUGUUUUCUCGCAGGCCGGGCCACGGUGGUUCCUCGCACGGGUGACGGUGUGGUUGCCGCUGUUCCUGCUGCUAGCGUCGAUCAGCUUGGCUUCUGCUGAUGAAGAAGCUGCUCAAGAGGAGUCUUUUGAAUCAAAGUCAACCUUGCCUUCUGAAGACCAAGUGAAGGAUCAUUCAACAGGAGCCCAAGUGGUAGCAGGUCAGAUCUUUAUUGAUUCUGAAGAUCCAGAGACUCUAGCUGAAGAUGCAGAUAGUUUUGGAGAAGAGGACAAGGAAAGGACUUUGGAGAGCUUAAGUUCUUUAGAAUUGUCUGCCUUACUAAAUAAAGACUUGGAAGAAGUAGAAGCAGAAAAAACAGUUUUGACAGCUAUUGGAGGAACUGCAGAUGGUGAGUUAUGUCGAUUCCCCUUUCUCUUUAUGGAGAAGGAAUACUCAGAAUGUACUGCAGAUGGGAGAGAAGAUGGAAGACUAUGGUGUGCGACAACCUAUGACUACAAGACUGAUCAAAAGUGGGGCUUUUGUGAAACUGAAGAGGAGUCUCAUAAGAGAAGACAAAUGCAGGAAGCAGAAGAUGUUUACCAAACUGGGAUGAAAAUUCUUAAUGAGAGCAGAAAAAAGGCCCAGAAGAAAGAGGCUUAUCAGUAUUUUUUGAGAGCUGCUGACAUGAAUCAUACUAAGGCGAUGGAAAGAGUGUCUUAUACAUUAUUGUUUGGUGACUACUUGAAACAAAAUAUUCAAUCAGCUAAAGAACUGUUUGAGAAGCUUACUGAAGAAGGAUCUCCUAAAGGUCAAACAGCCCUUGGAUUUCUAUAUGCUUCUGGUCUUGGUGUUGAUUCCAGCCAGGCUAAGGCAUUAGUUUAUUAUACUUUUGGUGCUCUUGGAGGAAAUUUAAUAGCACAUAUGAUUUUGGGCUACCGGUACUGGGCUGGAAUAGGUGUCCUUCAGAGCUGUGAAUCUGCACUUACGCAUUAUCGCCUAGUAGCUAACCAUGUGGCUAGUGAUAUCUCUCUGACUGGAGGCACAGUGGUUCAGAGAAUUCGUCUGCCGGAUGAAAUAGAAAAUCCAGGAAUGGCAAGUGGAAUGUUGGAGGAAGAUUUAAUACAAUAUUAUCAAUUCUUAGCUGAAAAGGGAGAUGUUCAAGCGCAGGUAGGGCUUGGACAAUUGCACCUGCAUGGAGGAAGAGGAGUAGAGCAAAACCAUCAGAGAGCUUUUGAAUACUUCAACCAAGCAGCUAAUGCUGGCAACUCACAUGCAAUGGCAUUUUUGGGGAAGAUGUAUUCAGAAGGAAGUGAUAUUGUACCUCAAAGCAAUGAAACAGCCCUUCAGUACUUUAAGAAAGCUGCUGACAUGGGCAAUCCAGUAGGACAGAGUGGUCUGGGAAUGGCUUAUUUAUAUGGAAGAGGUGUUCCAGUGAACCAUGAUCUGGCCCUGAAGUAUUUCCAGAAGGCAGCAGAGCAAGGAUGGGUCGAUGGACAGCUUCAGCUGGGCUCCAUGUACUAUAAUGGCAUUGGAGUCAAAAAAGACUAUAAGCAAGCCUAUAAAUAUUUUAAUCUGGCUUCUCAAGGGGGCCACAUUCUGGCUUUCUAUAAUUUAGCACAGAUGCAUGCUACUGGCACUGGAGUAAUGCGGUCCUGUCAUACUGCUGUUGAGCUAUUUAAGAAUGUGUGUGAACGGGGCCGUUGGUCUGAGAGACUUAUGACUGCUUACAACAGCUAUAAAGAUGGCAAUACAAAUUCUGCAGUUGUUCAGUAUCUCCUUUUGGCAGAACAAGGCUAUGAGGUUGCACAAAGCAAUGCUGCCUUCAUUCUUGAUCAAAAAGAAGCCAGCAUAAUAGAAGAGAAUGAAACCUAUCCAAGAGCCUUAUUACACUGGAACAGAGCAGCCUCACAAGGUUAUACUGUUGCUAGACUAAAACUUGGCGAUUAUCAUUUCUAUGGUUUUGGCACUGAAGUUGAUUAUGAAACUGCAUUUAUUCAUUAUCGCCUGGCAACAGAGCAACAGCACAGUGCCCAAGCCAUGUUCAACCUAGGAUACAUGCAUGAAAAAGGACUUGGAAUUAAGCAGGAUAUUCACCUUGCAAAACGCUUCUAUGAUAUGGCAGCUGAUGCUAGUCCUGAUGCUCAGGUUCCUGUCUUCCUUGCACUUUGCAAGUUAGGAAUUAUUUAUGCCUUCCAGUAUGUACGAGAAACCAAUGUCAAGGAAAUAUUCUCGCACCUGGACAUGGACCAACUCUUGGGCCCUGAGUGGGACCUUUACCUCAUGACCAUCAUUGCUUUACUUUUGGGCACAGUAAUAGCUUACAGGCAGAGGCAGCAUCAAGGAGUCCCAAGGCCUGCGGGUCCACGACCAGUGGUACCUCCUCAAGAACCUGCUCCAGAACCGCAGCCACCCCAAUAGUAACAGCGGGAGAUUCAAUGAAGUGAACUGGAAUUUCUAGCUCUUCUUGUGAUCUUAUGACAACAGAUCAAAUAGUUACAUACACACCAGAUUCAAAAAAGUGUUGAAUUGAGAAAGCAGUUUAGAAUUAUGCCUUUUUUCAGGGAUUUUUUGAGAUGGAGUGGAAUGUUAUUUCUGUGCCAAUGGAAUAACAAAAUAGAUUUUGUGAAAAAGAAGUCUGCUACUUCAAAAGUGAUGCCUACUAUAUUUAGUUUAUUCAGUGCCCUUUUCAACUGUCCUUUGAUUGUUCAAAAAGAAAUAUAUUAUGAAGUUUAAUAUGAGAACAUCAGACCUUGUGCUCUUUUAAGUAAAAGGCUGUUGUCUUUUCCAAAUAUGUUUGUGAUUGUGAUAAACGACUUUAUUUUAUGGUUCUCCCAAUUAUUUUGAAACCAACAUAAACCUCUGUAGUGGUAUCAGCCAUGAGGGUCUGGAUCCUUUAUCUUAGAAUUACCAGUCAUAAACAGAUAUAUAUUCAUGGGCUACUCUUUCUAGAGGUCAGGUUUAAAAUGCAAACUACACUUGUGCAAUGACUAUUUAAAUAAGAUGAAACCUCCAUAUUUUGUUUAGCAUUCAGACUUGCUUGAAUUAUGCACACUCAAGAAUCUUUCUGAUAUAUGUUUUCCCAAGUGUACAUGGCAGCUUGUUUAGUCUUCCUUUUUAUUGUUUCACAAGUAUGCCAAGAUUUAUCCAAGAAAUGGGCUGAAAAAAGGACCAGUGUUAAUCAACCUCAGAAGACCUCUUUAUUUCAGUAGGUUUUUUUGAAGUAUUUUCUCAUUGGGUAUCAUUGGUAUGCUUUUCAGUCCAUCAUAAUAUAUUCUUAUGAUUCAGACUUAUUUGGGGUUGAAGAUUGUGCAAUUAAGUGUUAUUAAUAUAACUGCUAUCUACAUAUCUCUUUAAAAUAUGCACUCUGAUGUUAUGCUGCACAUGGCUUUUGGAGAAGUAGUCAGUGAAUAUACAUAUGAUAGACUAUCCUAACAGUGUUGUUUUAUAACAACCUCACAAUUAUGAGCUAUACCAGCUAUGCCAGAUUUGGGUAGAAUGCAUGUGAUUUUAAAACUUUUGCAAAAUGAGAGUAGAAUGCAUGGCCAGGAUUGAAACAUCAACAUUUUCAAAACAGUGAGAUGAGUUAUAUGAGAUGCAGUAGAAAAUCUAUUCCCAAAUUUCCCUUGCAAUGUCAUAUUUUUGCUGUAAUAUUAAUUUAUGAAGAUUUUAUGUAUUGUACUAGGAGGAAAAAACAACAAAUUUUGGCUAAAGACCCAAUUUAAAAAAAUAGUCUACUUUUGCAAAUGUAGAUGGUUCUAAUGCAUCAUUAUAUAAUCUUGAGUACUCUUGAAAGAAAUAUAAUUAAAUACUGUUCUCUGGAAACUAAACCUUAUUAAGUGCAUUUCAGAAAUAUGCAACUUCUGUAUAUAUCAGUAGGCUCCCUUGUGUAAGUUUAGAAUACAUGACAGGAACAACAAAAGUCCCCUUAUAAUGAAAGUGAAGAGAGAGAAAUUGAGUUUGUAUGACUCUAAAAUACAAGGAUAUUUUUGAACAGGAUUGCUUAUAUCUACAGGAAGCUGUUUUAACAGCAAGGCAUAUGUUUUAGCAGCAGUAUUACUGAGGCAGGUAAUUAUGUAGAGCUCUCCUUCCACUUGUACACACUGGAUAAGAUGAAAAAAAAAUUGCAAUGAAUACAAGAUGUCAAAAAUACAAAAAGGAAACAAUAAUUAAAAUCUGUUCAGGUAUUUGGGCUGCCGGUUUUUUUUUAAAUAAUUUGUGGAAAACUUAGCUAUUUCAGAAAAAAAAAACUUUCCUCAAGAAACCUUGCCUCUUCUCCAAUAAAAGUUGCAAAUGGAAAAAUGUUCCAAGUCUUUAAUUUGAAUAAUGGUCUGCCCUUACGUGUAUUGUGUACAAACUUUUAUGUGAUGAACUCCAGAAAUUUAUAUUAACACACAGUAAAUAAAAUCCAAAUUAUUAUAUUGAAACUAUUUUUUUCUGAAAUAUAAGGAAUAAUUUUUCAAAAAGAUUAAAACAUUUCCAAUGACUUUUUCCUCUGACAUUACUUUUAAUUACUAUGGUGAGCUAUUAUUUCUGCUCCCUAAUUACAGGCAUGUAAUGAUGGAUUCUAUAUGCUUAAACUUCACUUAAUAUAAUAUCCUGCAUCUAGCACUUGAAUGAAAAUGCAAAAUUGCAACAUUUUACACCUUUCUGACUUUCUGCUUUCAAAAGUCAGGAUAAGCAAUACAGUUCCUGUUUUUAGUGUUGUCUCAUCUUUAUAAAAAUAUUGAUUUAAGUUUUAUAUGCUUUUGAAAAGCAUGAAGCUAACUCAGGGAUUUAAGAAUUAAUAGAUCAUCUAGGUUAUCUGCCUAAACAAUUGUAUCUUUGAUUAUUCUAACCUAUUCUAAAUUGAACUUUUACCAUUUAUAUUUAAUUAAAAUAAAUACUACCAGAAUAGAAGUACUUCAAUUCUGUUGAUGCUACAGAAAAGACUUUAAUUUUUAAAUUUUAAUAUGCAGAAGAGUUUAGUAAGCAACCCACUUACUUUCUGAAAGAAGGUGAAUUAAACUUAAUCUAAAUAGGCUAGUUCAGGGGUAGGCAACCUUGGCUCUUUUAUGAGUCGUGGACUUCGACUCCCAGAAUUCCUCAGCCAAACAUGCUGGCUCAGGAAUUCUGGGAGUUGAAGUCCACGAGUCAUAAAAGAGCCACGUUUGCCUACCCCUGGGCUAUUUAAUGGUAAUCAAAUUUCUGAAUACAAAUUGUUAUAAUUGAAAGGCAUUCUUCUAAACUUGCUGAAUUUAAAGGCUGUUUCUAUAAAAAACAAAAUGUCUAUAGCAGACCAAGUAGGAUUAGAACAUAAAGUUGGUUUAUUACAGGCAUUAAAAUUCUGUUUAAAUUUAGUAAUUUUACUUACCCAACCUUUUAAAAAAAAACUUAUUUUACCAAAUGUGGAAAAUAUCAGAAGAAUGUUUUGGGGAAUAUAAUUAUAUACUGUUUGAAUAUUAUAGUUCAGAUUGUUAGCUGCAUUAACAUGCUAUGCAUAUGUAUGCAAAAAUUUAUUCUGUGUAGAUUAAACUGUUCUGAGGAUUUAGUCAAGAGUAUUUGAAAUUAUGGCAAACAUUUUACCACAUUAGUCAGGCUGUUAGGAUCUGCAUUCUUCCUCUGUAUAUCAUAAUGCAUGUUAAUCUAGAAUCUGUAAUGUGACUGUACAUGAGGAUGAAUAUUGAUCUUUGAGAAUGUAUUCCAGUAUAUUAAUUCUGUUCCUUAAUAGUGGUAAGAGAUCUGAGAGCCAAGGUUUUCUGCAUUUUAAGAAACCAAAUGUACCGCACUCCGACUAAAGGUAGCCAUCACUGUUAGAUCCAAUCGCUGAACCUAAGGUUACAAGCAGGUGCAAGCACUUGCACGUGCAACACUAUUAUAGUAAAGCCUUGGACCCCCAAGCCACAGAUUCCUGGUAUAAAUGGUUCAAUUGAUAAGAGUGGAAACCUUGGUGCAUUUGUAUGAACACAAAGCUUUAUUUCAAAUUAAUAUUGAUAGAAACAUGCUGCAAGUCGUGGCUGUCUGAAGCUGGACUUAGGCCAAAACAAUCUGCUUGCUAUUUGUAAAGAUCCCCAUAUGUCAGGCCCUUCCAGCCUUUUAAUAUUUUAAACAGCACAAUAAACUCAUUUUUUUCAAAGAAUUGGUAUGAUUUGAGUGAGUGCAUUUGCAGAGAGGAAAUAAAUCUGUGUGUCUGACUUGGAUUGGCAAAAGGAUAUGUCGCUAAGUGUGUAUAAGGGGUUUUGUAAAUUUUCUUUUGUAUUUAAGAUGAUGCAGUAUAAAGGCUGGAAAAGUGUAAUAUAGCUGUAAACAAAAUCUGUUAAUAGAGAAAUGUACAGAUUCAUUUUGUAUUAUAUCUUGUUAAAUAAAGAUGCCACUUUGAUGAUUGGCCUGUAAUGAAUGCUGUAAGAAAACUUGUGUUGCCUUUUAUUAAAGAUAUUUUUGAUAAAACAGUGAUUCAUAUUGUUAAACUUUACAUUCCCAUCUUUCAAAUUCAAUAAUGAUUUGUAAUCAACUGUUUAUUGAGUUCUAAAAUGUACAUGCCAUCAUGUAUGCCAAUAAUGGUUCAUAAGGUAAUUGCUAUGAAUUAUGUAUUUAUGUAUUUCAUACUCAUGAAUGUGUUGGAAGAACAAGCAACAUUCUUAUAUGUA